AUGCUCGUCUCUAGCAGCGUGCUUUCGGCACUGCCUCUUCUCGCUUUGAACCUGUUUGUUCAUUUCAUUUUGUCAAGUGCUGGUGUUCAUGGCCGUCAAUCUUGUGACCAGGGUCAUUUUAUCUGCUCGCCGCCUGGAAUAUUCCCUCAUGAUGGCCAUUUCAUCGAGACCCAUCUCGCUGACCUCUACAUGAACCUGCUUACAACUGUGAAGCCUCAAGACGGCACUCCACCGGUGCUUUUCGACACUGCAGAGUCCAGGUUUCCAAAGUCACUACAAACCCUCGAGCUUCCACAGACCAUUUGCUGUGCUGAGACGACUGAUUGCUUGCUUCUGACCACCUGGAAAGUCCCGUUGUGCUGGGACCGUUUCACCACAAAUUACUGGCUUUCAGACAAGUCGUACGGUUCUAUGACCACAGGCGUCUACCAUUGUGCAUCCGGUGGCUCGGCCAACCUCUUUACGGGUGAUUUCAAUCUUCCAAAUGGACAAACCGGAAAUCUCUAUGCACAGAACAAGACUGAACAACCAAACCUGUCCACACUCCAUCUGCCAACUCCUUACACAAGCAGUGGUGUAGGAUCUGCUAUUCCUGCUACAGCAGUGGGCACAGAUGCAUCAUAUUCUACUCAGAGCACUACAGCCAUUGGCUAUGGACAGCCACAGAAUAUCACCCAGGCCCCCACUGGUGCACCGACCGCUGGUGGUGGCUUCCCCAUUGUCACAAACAUUAUCAAUUUAACUCCCACAAUCACUCCUCCGAUAGUCAGUGGGUUGGGAGCACAUGUCGAGGACCUCAGCGGGCAGAAGAUUCUAUUAGUUCUGGCAAUUGUGAUCGGUAGUGUUGUCGUGCUACUCUGA